GUGUAUGAGGACGUUUAUGUACAUACAUAUGUACUUAAUGAUUGCAAAAACAUGUGAGGCACUUUCAUACUCAGGAAGAAUGAAGUCCACCGAAUAGUCAGACAUCAGUGUCUACUAUGACAUCCGAAAGGAAAUAUCGUAAAGAGGUUAUCCUAAUGCUGGUACUUAACAGAUAGCAUACUGGCGAUAAUCAGACAUUGUAUAAAUUGACGCCUUGCAAUCUUCUUUAUCGCACAAAUUAUACAAUCCUACAAUGAUCAGAUCUUUGUUUCAAGAAUGAAAGUACAGUUAAUCGGCACUAGAGACUAGUCAAAGAAAUCUAUCGGUUUCCGAGAACUAUAUAUCCUUGACAGUUAUAAUCCUAGUGGAGACUGGUGGAAUAUUAUCCAGAACACAGUUUUGAUCAUUCUUUUGUUAACAUGAACAUAAUGGAGAAGCAAACGGACCCGUUAUGGCAGCUUCGUGUCGAAAGGCCUUUAUAUGAACAAGAGGUGCUAAAUCAGACUUAUCACUAUGAGAAACCAAAAACCUCUUUAUCGAAGUAUAUUCAUGCCUGCUUUAAGUCGGAGCAUUGUUGGAGCUGUAUCUUACAUUCAGUACCAGCUCUAAACUGGCUGCGCAAAUACAAAUGGCACGAGGAUUUUGUUAAUGACGUCAUUUCGGGCAUUACGGUUGCUAUAAUGCAUAUACCCCAGGGUAUGGCGUAUGCUUUCCUUGGAAACCUACCUCCUGUUGUUGGUAUAUACAUGGCAUUCUUUCCUGUUCUCGUCUACUGUUUACUAGGAACCUCUAAGCAUGUCUCUAUGGGGACAUUCGCUCUUGUGUGUCUGAUGACUGGGAAAGUCGUAACUGCGUAUGCUACUCCUCAGGGAAAGAUUCAUGAUCUCACAAAUGGUACAAACUCGGCAAUCGAUACUAAUACUGGUGAAUACAUGGAGGUGUACACUGCGAUACAGGUUGCCACAGCUGUAACAUUAUUAGUUGGCAUUUAUCAGCUCGGAAUGUAUACCUUUCGACUAGGAAUUAUCAGUACUCUACUCAGUGAAACUUUGGUCAACGGUUUCACUACGGCAGCAGCAAUAUACGUUCUCACAUCGCAAUUAAAGGACAUUCUCGGUUUAAAGAUACCAAAGCAAAGGGGACUGUUCAGCCUUAUUUUUACGGUUGGCGAUAUAUUUAGAGAACUUCCAAACACAAAUGCUGCCGCUGCCAUUACUUCCACAGUUUCGAUUACCAUUCUGACACUUAACAAUGAAGUUUUAAAGCCGUGGGCCAGCAAGAAAUGUAGUUUCCCAAUACCCAUUGAAUUGAUUGCGGUCGUCACAGGUACAUUAAUUUCUAAUUAUUGCAGUCUUCAAAGUACCUAUGGAAUCCAAACUGUUGGUGAUAUUCCAACAGGACUGCCUUUACCGGAGUUGCCAUCUCUGCGACUGGUAUCAGUCAUCGCGAUCGAUUGCAUUUCCAUCACUAUGGUGUCGUACACGAUAACUAUAUCGAUGGCAUUAAUAUUCGCCCAGAAACUUCAUUACGAAAUCGAUUCAAACCAAGAACUACUGGCCAUGGGCACCAGCAACAUCGUAGGAUCUUUCUUUUCGUGUAUGCCAGUGUCGGCGUCACUUAGCAGAUCCUUAAUCCAACAAACAGUAGGUGGAAAGACUCAGCUGGCUAGUAUAGUAUCUUGCUUGAUACUUUUAGUGAUCCUGAUGUGGAUCGGGCCAUUUUUCGAGCCUCUGCCAAGAUGUGUGCUAGCAUCCAUCAUUGUAGUAGCCCUUAAAGGAAUGUUCCUCCAAGCUAAGGAGUUGAUCAAGUUUUGGGCACUGAGCAAAUACGAUGCAACAGUCUGGCUAGUCACUGUUUUCAGCGUGGUGUUCCUGAGCAUCGACAUCGGGCUCCUGGCAGGUCUGGUCACUUCACUCGGAAGUAUUUUAAUUCAGAGCAUCAAGCCCUACACGUGUCUCCUUGGACACGUCCCUAACACCGACCUCUACCUAGACCUGCUUCGAUACAAAGGAACAACUGAGCUUUGCGGCAUGAAGAUCGUACGUUACUGCGGCACCCUCAAUUUUGCCAACAGUAGUUACUUCAAGUCGGAGAUGUUCAAGCUAGUGGGGGUGGUGCCACGGAAAUUAAUGAAACGUAGGCUAAAAAUGGCGAAGAUGUCUCUUCCGUUAGAUCAGCAGGAACAAGAGGAGAAGGAGUCCGUCCGAUGCAUAAUACUAGACCUUAGCGGCCUCAACUUCAUCGACCCAAGUGGAGUUAGGGUUUUACACGGCGUCGCGACGGAGUUCAAUAAAAUCGAGGUGCCGAUAUACAUUGCAGGUUGUCCCGGGCCAGUCUUCGAGUGCAUGCAAAAAUGUAGUUUGUACGAGAACUACAAGCCGGAGCUGAAACUCUUUGCAGCGGUGCACGACGCGGUAUCGUUCUCCCAACACGAGUUGUUCUCCAAAUGAUUAAGCAACAUGUUUUGGAGCAUAAUGGACAGCAGUUUACAGGAUCAACUCAUACCCAUCGGAGUUCCUCUUUUGCAAUAAGCGACUCAAAGUUAAUAUGUAUAAACAAAAAUUGGAACAUGUACCAAGUUAGCCCGAUUGGUACUUAUAUUUUGUACGAAUUUAUCUGACAAAGACUCGUACCAGGGUAUAGUUAGUACUCUAGUAAUUCGAUUUUUCUACGAGGUUUUCACGUACACAAGCAUGUUUUAAUAUCAACGUGAUUAUUACACGUGGCGAUAGAGUUGCAGACGCUAGUUGAAUCGAAACUCUGGUAUGAAUUUAUGUAAGUACUUAUGACUUUUACAGUCCACGAGUACUUUAAACGUACUUCAAGGUGCAUAGAAUGUUACUGCCAUUCGUCAACGUUAGCAGAGGGUUACCGUGUAAUUGAUCCAUCUCGCGUAGAUUACCCUAUUGUAUUUGUAGAUUCAUAACACGGCUGUGUAUAGUUACCAACGUAGCGCAAUUAAAAAAUGGAGAAACAAUGCA